UAGUUACUAUGACGACAACUAUCAAUAAAUAUAAACAAUUAAAAAAUGGUUCAAAAUAUACAAGAUAUCUUAGAAAUCCUUUCAAUUCAUGGGAAAACAGUCCCGGAUUCUGAAUGGGCAUCAUUUUUUUUGUAUACAAAGAUUAUGUCACGUCCAGGAAGAAGAAUCCCAUUAUUAUAUAUAUCUCAGGAUGUUACAUAUCUUCCCCAAUCAACAAGAGUCUGUGUGUUGAAUAGUGACGGAACAGCAUCAGAAGAAACAGCAAUAACAGCGGCGUUAGGGAUUCCAGUUUUUGAGUCAUGUGAAGGAAUGUCAUCAGAGAGUAGCCCUUUUCAGUUAUUAGAUAUGCCUAAGCAGAUUGAAAGGAGUGUAGAAUCGAAAUAUGAACGUUCUUCUCCCUCAAGUUUAUCUAUUAUGAGCCGUAAUUCACCGACAUUUUACGGACGAACAGGACUAUCUAGUCUGCCUAUUCAAGAAGUUGUUGAUAGUGAAGAUGGAAUAGAUUUUCAUCGUCCUUGCUCAGAUCCUUUGUUUUCUUCACGUAAUUCAACUUUUCAUAAGUCUCGCUGUGAGAAUAUUCGAAAAACAAGAUUAAAUACAGAAUUACCAUUGAAAAAGAAGCGCGCGACGCAAAGUUCUAUUUUAUCUCCUAAAAAAAAAUCUGGGAUAGAAGAAUUUUCAAAAAAUUCUUUGCUUUCAUCUGAAAAAAAAGAAAAUAAGAAAGAAUUGGAUCCGCAAAAAAAAAGGACUGUUGAUACUAAUUUCCCCCCAGAAAACAUAUAUAGGACACCGAAAACUAAAAAAAUCAUCAGAGAAAAAAACAAUUCUGGCGAGAAGUCCACAUUGGAUAUAUUUGCUAAUGAUCUUGAUUUUUCUGCUGAAAAUUCUGAUAGAAGUCUACGAACAAAUGAUACAGAUGAAUUGACAACUAAUUAUACCGGAUAUGUUCCUGAGAUUGCUACAGUUGAUCUUGAAGAUUCAAUUCUUUAUGUUUAUUUUCCCACUAAUCAAAUUAAAGAAAUAUUAGUAGAAGUUGAAUUUAUAUCUACUAUUUCUGAAGCUACAAAUUUAGGAGCUGAUGGAAAAUGUUAUUGUUUGAAUUUACAAUGUCUUCCUAGGUGUCAAAAUUUAGCAAAUAUUAGAUUUGAUUUUCAAAAGAUUGAUAAUAAAAAUAUUCAUCUUUCUGAUACACAAAUUGCUACAGAAAAUUUGGAAGAGGGGAUUGAUAAGAGUAUUAUAGAUGUUAUAGAUCUUACAGAUGAAAGUCUUGAAAAAAGGUCAUGGCAGUGUUUUUGGCAAGUUCAUUUGGAUGCAUCUGUUUAUAAUUACCUGGGAACACUAAAUGUACAAACAAAAGUGGAUAUUAAGUCUAUUAGCGAUGCUGUAGUAGUUGGAUUUUCUUCUAAUAUAGCUUUUGACCAGCAAAAUUAUGACCUUUCUAACAUAUUAAAUAUGGGUUUAAUACAAAAUUUUCAUAUUUGCGGACCUCCUGAGUUGCAAUUUAUAUCUGUAAAAUCAAUGGGAAUUUUGCACUGGAAAUGCGAUAAGGUUUCAAUAAAAGAUAAUGAAUCCAAUUCAAAAGAAGCCUCGUCAAAACAACACGAUAUCUGUAACUAUCUUAUUCGGAUAACAAGAAAAAAAGAAUAUGGAUUUAGUGAUUUGCUUAUUGAAUCGGAAGUGGUAAUUCUGGAGCCACUUUCCACAUCUAUCUUAGGAUCAUGUUUGCAUGUUCCAUAUUUCAAAACUAAACUAGAAACAAUCCAAUUUAUGAAGACAUCAUUGCCAUUGUUAUCUUAUGUUGUUGAUCCUGAAACACGGACUGAUUGGAAAUUAACAAGUAAUAAAGAUAAUUUAUUGGAAAGGUUUUCUAUACAGGAAUAUCAAUGUAUUUCUGGUGAAGCAACACCAUUGAGCAUUCGCAUUGAAAGGUUAUUACCACUGGGAAUGUUUAAAGAGACAGUAUAUUUAAAUUCGGAAAACUAUAUUGAAAAUGUUAAUGUUCAUAUUUUUCCUUUAUCAUUUUCUCAAUGGUGUUUAUUCUAUAAGAUAUCAAUUACGGAUACAUGUAUUUUUGAUGAUAUAUUGCUACAUCUUAGACAUGACACUAAUCCUUCGUUUAUCACCGUUAACGGUAAAAGAUUGUUAUCAGGUGUUUAUUCUAAAUUCGAUGGUGAUAUAUAUAUUUUGUCUGAAGACUGGAUUUAUAAAGACUCUCGAUUUAAAUUUGAAAUAGGUUGGAUAAAGGAUACUUCAAAGAGUAAUGUAGAUAAGAUAAAUUUACCUAUUUUUCCAGAUAAUGGGAUUAAAAAAAUAUCUAUAAAUAUAGAUUCGGAUUUUGGAAAGUAUCUAAAAGCAUUAUUCGUUUUUUAAUAUUUAAUUUAGGUGAAAUAAUUAAAUUUAAUUAUAAUAAUAAAGAUGUAUAUAAUAAACAUAAAGUCAACAAAGUAAGAAAACGGAAUGUAUCUCUUUCUACAGCGAUGAGUAUUUAUAUUUUAAAGAAAAACUCUAAAAAUUUUGUUAAAAAAACAAAAAACAUUUCAACAUUGUUAAUCUGGAUAAUUAGAAUAUUUUUUGUUACUAUUUUAUUUUUUCUGGCUUCAUUUUUAUAUCCGAAAUACUCUUUUGGUGAAUUACAACUUCAUGACUAUAAACCUGCAAAUUUAUUACAGAAAUUUAUAUAUACAUAUUCGGAUUUUGAUAACUUAUUAAUAACUAUUAGUGAAUUUAAUCAGCGUCUUUCUAACAAUGAAUUGCAUAUCAGAAGCGUAGAAAAUAUUAUUGCUGAAAACUCUAAUUGUUGUCGUAACUUUACUGCUGAUUUAUCUGAUAAAGAAUCUCGAAUAGAACAAAAUAGUUUAUGGUUUGCUGAAAAACAACGUUUCAGGAAAUUAUUUGACUGGCAUGGUUAAUGUAAUUGUUUUUAUUUGUAAUUACAUUUAAUAGUUUAUAAAAG